AAGGGAGAGGAUUGCCCGAAGUUCGCCCCCUCCUCACCUCUCGACCAAUCGCAGCCCCCGUCGUGCACGGGGUCCUCGCCGAUUGGUGUGGCCAGAUGUCGCUGAGGGGGGCAGGGGCGGGGCCAGGACCAGAGCGCGUGUGCGCGUUCGCUGGCGCGCGCGCAGGCGGUUUGUACUCGCAGAGCGAAAAGUUGGCGUGUGCGAGGAAGGCGCAAGAAGCCACGACGACCGCGGGAGAGUGUCGCCCGCACUUGCAGCAUGUCGCUCCCCGGCUCCCCCUCACUCGUCCCGGCGAGCUCGGGCGCCCUGUACCGCUCGCCUCCGGAGACACUCCACCCUUCGGCGGCCCCCGGCGGAACCUGCAGCCCGGCCCACGGCAACUCCAACCCACGCCCGCUGUCCCCGCGGCUCAGCGGCGGCUUCCUGGCCGCAGCGGGAGGCGCGCCGACCGGCUCGCUGGUGUCCGGGCUCGGCGGACUUGGCUCGCUGGGCUCGCUGGGCUCGCUGGCCGCCUUGAGCUCCGCCGGGCCGGGGCCGGGCCCGGGGCCGUGCGGCGAGUGCAAGCUGGUGGAAGUGCACGGCGUCAAGGUGGCCAGCUUCGGCGUGCACGGCCAGGAGCUCAUCUGUCUGCCGCAGGUGUUCGACCUCUUCCUGAAGCACCUGGUGGGCGGCCUGCACACAGUCUACACGAAGCUCAAGAGGCUGGACAUCACGCCGGUGGUGUGCACCGUGGAGCAGGUGCGUGUGCUGCGGGGGCUCGGCGCCAUCCAACCCGGCGUCAACCGCUGCAAGCUCAUCUCCAGGAAGGACUUUGAGAUCCUGUACCAGGACUGCACCAGCGCCAGCUCGCGCCCGGGUCGUCCUCCCAAGCGUUGUUCUUCCGGCGCCGGCGUCCAGGAAAGCCCGAGGCCGCUGCACCCGGCGCUGCCCGGCCUGCUGUCCCCCAACCUGCUGUCUCACGCCGGCCUGACAGCGGCCGCCAUGGCCGAGCUCCAGAAGCUGCACAAGAUGAAGAUGAUGAUGAGUCUGCAGAACGGAAACGAGUCGGACAACGACGACCUACACUCCAACGCGGGAGGAAGUGAGUGCUCCUGGGACAAGGAGCGCCUGAGCAGCCCCCCGGCCGGAGCCCAGAGCGGCGGACCCGGAGGAGGAGGAGGAGGAGGCGGGGCCAUUCCGGCAGGAGGAGGAGGAGGAGGAGGAGGGCGGGGCCCGGCUUUGGGAGCUGUCAGUCAACAGCAGCAGCAGCUGCUCGCCAACAGACUGGACCUGCCCUUCAUGAUGAUGCCUCACCCGCUGCUGCCCAUCGGCUUGCCGCCCGCCUCCGUGGCCAUGGCCAUGUCGCAGAUGAACCACCUCAGCACUAUUGCCAACAUGGCCGCCGCGGCUCAGCAGAUACACGUGCACCGGGCGCCCGUCAUCAAGGAGCGGGUGUGUGACAGUCCCUCUCUGUCGCCCUCUGUUGACGAGGCCAACACUCCUCUGCACUCGCAGCCCAGUAGCUCGGCCUCCAGCUCGCCAGAAAGACUCGGCCCGCUGUCGGCCGAUGCGGAUGUCGCGCUGGCCGACGCUGCAACACCCGUCAAGAAAAUCACAAAGGACAAAGAAGAAGAGCGGUCGCUCGGACAAGCCCUGCCCGCCGGCUUCCCCGCCCCGUUCCUAUUCGCCGACAGCCUGUCGUCCGUGGAGACGCUCCUCACCAACAUACAGGGCCUCCUGAAGGUGGCGGUGGAGAACGCCCGCGUGCAGGACAAGCAGAUCCAGGCGGAGAAGAGGGAGCUGAAGAUGGAGCUCUACCGGGAACGAGAAAUGAGAGAGAGUCUGGAGCGGCAGCUGACCUCUGAACUGCAGAGCAGAGCGUCCAUCCAGAAACGCCUGAAGAAGGAGAAGAAGGCCAAGCGGAAGCUGCAGGAGGCGCUGGAGUUCGAGUCUAAGCGGAGGGAGAGGGGCGAGGACGCUCUGAAACGCUCGUCCUCGUCCUCGCCCGAGCCGCCGCACGCCGACGCCGCCGACGACAACGCUGACGACGCUGCGUCUGACCAGCGGGAACAACUGAACGGGAAGCGGGAAGGCAACGGAGCUGUGCAAGAAUCUCGGGCUUUCCUGAAGACCACCAUCAUGUUCUAGAGGGCCGGAGCCCCCCGCUGCCACGCCCUCCCCAGGCGGGAUGCGACUUUCGUCCCGCACGAUGGCCUCUCCUCCGCAUCAUCAUCAAACAAGUGAUAAUAAUUCAUUCCUCUUCCCGUGGCUUUUGUUCCCGCGUGAAGCGUGCCGGGACGGACGCGGAGGCCGAGCGGACCGGAACGCGAUGACCUCUUUUGGCAGAACUUGUGUCCACCUCAUUGGCUGGCCCACUCGGAUUGGACGGCAAUCGGCUCAUUGGCGCUGAAGGGAGACGCUGUUUAAAAACAAAAAAAAAAAAGAAUAAUAAUAAUGUUCCGGCGUAUGAGGCGGUCUCAUUUCUUUCUUUUUGUUUUCUGUAUUGGAAAAGUGUUUGACCCUACAUGCACCCACUCCUACACCUCGUCUUGGACUCAAUGAAGCGUUUUCUAUCACCUUGAAGGACAUCUUAAAACAAGAGACAAAAAAAACUUUUUUUAUGACCAAGUGAUUUUUAGAGUAUUAUAUCCUCCACCUGACCAGGAAGUAGUCGUUUGGCGAUUGAGUCGAGUAGCGCUUUUUCGUUGUCUUGCUCUCCGGCCGGCGGGUGAGCACAUCAAGUGCUCCUCGGCUCCACUUUGUAACUUGGUCACCCGCACUUUUUUUUGCCGGUGCCGACUCGUGUCUGUUCUUUGUGAAUUUGAAAUGUACAGCAGGUGUUGAUGUGUGUAGAUAGAAGUGCCGCUCGCUUGUUUUUCUUUGGGUUUCCUGUUUGUGUGGCAAAUAUACACCAUUACAACCAC